AUGGCUGGAGAAAAUGAGAUGUUUGCAUCUGAAUUUAUUCUCCCAGGUUUCACCACCCAAGCAGAUCUGCAGGUGAUGUUUUUUGUCUUGUUCCUUGCCCUCUACGUGGUCAGUCUCCUAGGAAAUCUGGGAGCCAUUGUGUUGAACCUGAUCGAUCCGCGCCUCUGCAUGCCCAUGUUCUUCUUCCUGAGCCACGUGUCCCUGCUGGAUGUCUGCUGCUCCUUCACCAUCAUCCCCCAGCUAUGGGAUGUUUUGGUGGAGAAGGUGAUUUCCUUUGUGAGAUACGUCACCCAGCUCUUCUCCUUCGCCACCUGGGCCACCACGGAGUGCCACGUGCUGGCCGCCAUGGCCUACGACCGCUACGUGGCCACCUGCAGGCCCCUGCUCCACUCUGUGCCCAUGUCCCAGAGGAUUUGCACGGGGAUGUUGGCUGGAGGGCUCAGCUCUACUCUCCACACCAUUUCCAUGUUCCAUGUCCUGUUCUGUCCCUCCUGGGCCAUCAAGCUCUUUGUUUGUGACAGGCCCCCGCUGCUGGCCCUGUCCUGCUCUGACACCCGUGCCAGCGAGGCUGUGGUGGCUGCCAUGGUGGGGUUCCACGUGCUGAGCACCACGGCUCAUCCAGCUAUCCUGGUGUCCUCUCUGUCCAUCCAGGCUGUUGUCCUGUGGAUCCGCUCAGCCCGGCAGCACGAGGCCUCGUCUGCCUGUGCCAUGGCAUCCCAGCCGGCCUCCAUCGCUCUGUGCCAUGGCAGCUCCACCCUCACGGACCUGCACCUCUCCAGCCGCUCCCUGGAGCAGGACAGGCUCAUCUCCCUGGAGUAUUCCAUCACUGUCCUCAGGCUGAGCCCGUUCCUCUAUGGCCUCAGCAAUGCGGACUUGAGGAACGCCGUGAGGAAAGCAAAAAAUUGGAUCCUUGCUGCCUGGUCCAUCCAUGGAUCCUGGUCAGCUGAAAGGAGAGGACAACCCCGUGGCGGUGAGGGGUGUUUGAUUUUGGACCCUCAGGAAGAGAGGUUGGAUAUCAGACCCUCAGGAUCCCAGGGUUGUAGUCCAGACUCAUCUUCCAAGCCAUUGGUGCCAUGGUGUCCCUGCAGCAGCACUGCAGGGAAGGGAGGAGACAUCUCCUGGCAUUGUGUGGAGCGCAGGAACCGAGGGGGAACAUGGCAGAGCAGAGCCGGGGUGGGAGAUGAGGCACCACCCUCGGGGACACUCCCUGUGCUGCAGGACAGGAGCUGCGGAGAUUCCAACCCUUCAGGGAGCUGCCCUGCCCUCCCUUGA